AUGGGUAAAGGAGCCCAAAAUCACGGGAUGAAAGAUAGUACAAGCCAAGCAUCAUCAACGGAUCACAGUGUUUAUGCUGCAUGGGCAAAGGAUGUGAGGGAAUGUGAAGAGAAGUAUCAGGUGAAUAGAGAACAUGGUCUAUCUGAUAGUGAAGUAGAGAAGCGGUUGAAGAUCUAUGGGAAAAACGAAUUGGAGAAGCAUGAAGGGCAGUCUAUUAUCUGGUUAAUUUUGGAUCAGUUCAAUGAUACUCUAGUUAGGAUUUUACUUGCUGCUGCUGUGAUUUCUUUUGUCCUUGCCUGGUAUGAUGGCGAUGAAGGUGGAGAGUUGGAGAUAACGGCAUUUGUUGAGCCUCUAGUUAUCUUUUUGAUUCUAAUUGUAAAUGCGAUGGUUGGUGUUUGGCAAGAAAAUAAUGCUGAAAAAGCUCUAGAGGCUCUCAAAGAAAUUCAAUCAGAACAAGCAACUGUGAUACGUAAUGGCAGAAAGAUCUCAAGCCUUCCUGCAAAGGAACUUGUUCCGGGUGAUAUUGUGGAGCUUCGGGUUGGAGAAAAAAUACCUGCUGAUAUGAGGGUCUUACAGUUAAUUAGUUCAACCCUUAGGGUUGAACAAGGUUCCUUGACUGGUGAGAGCGAAGCCGUUGGUAAGUCUGCGAAGCCUGUUCCUGAGGAGUCUGAUAUCCAGGGGAAGAAAUGUAUGGUAUUUGCUGGGACAACAGUUGUAAAUGGAAAUUGUGUCUGUUUGGUUACAGCUACCGGGAUGAAUACUGAGAUAGGAAAAGUGCAUUCUCAGAUUCAUGAUGCCUCACAGAGUGAAGAAGACACACCAUUAAAGAAGAAAUUGAAUGAAUUUGGGGAAGUUCUGACUAUGAUAAUUGGGUGCAUUUGUGCACUGGUUUGGCUUAUUAAUCUGAAGUACUUUCUCUCAUGGGAGUAUGUUGACGGCUGGCCAACGAAUUUCCAGUUUUCGUUUGAGAAGUGCACAUAUUACUUUGAAAUCGCGGUUGCAUUAGCAGUUGCUGCUAUUCCCGAAGGUUUGCCUGCUGUGAUUACUACUUGCUUGGCUCUUGGCACCCGUAAAAUGGCUCAGAAGAAUGCGCUGGUUAGGAAAUUACCUAGUGUUGAGACUCUUGGAUGUACUACAGUGAUUUGUUCUGAUAAAACUGGUACCCUGACCACUAACCAGAUGGCUGUGACUAAGCUUGUUGCUAUGGGGAAUAGAGCAAAUGCUGUUAGAUCGUUCAUCGUGGAAGGGACUACAUACAAUCCCUCAGAUGGAAAAAUACAGGACUGGCCAGCUGGGAAAAUGGAUGCUAAUCUUCAAACAAUUGAAAAGAUUGCUUCUUUGGCUAAUGAUGCUGGCAUUGAACGAUCUGAAAAAGGUUAUGUUGCGAGUGGGAUGCCCACUGAGGCGGCAUUGAAGGUUCUUGUUGAGAAAAUGGGACUUCCUGCUGAACUGGAUUCCGGUUCAUCUACAGGUUGUUCUGAAACAUGGAACAAACUUGAACGCAGGAUUGCCACCCUUGAGUUUGACCGUGACAGGAAAUCUAUGGGGGUCAUUGUGUCGGCUAGUUCUGGAAAAAAGUCCUUACUUGUAAAGGGUGCAGUUGAAAAUUUGUUGGAAAGAAGCACCUCCGUCCAGUUGGUUGAUGGUUCUUCUGUUGAACUCGAUCAAAGGGCAAAAGAACUUAUUUUAGAUAACCUUAAUGAAAUGUCGAGAGGUGCAUUGCGUGUUCUUGGUUUUGCAUACAAGGAGAAUCCCCCAGAGUUUACUACAUACAAUGGCAAUGAAGAUCAUCCUGCUCACGACCUUCUACUUAAUCCAACAAAUUACUCUUCAAUUGAGAGUAACCUUACAUUUGCGGGCAUGGUUGGGCUGCAGGAUCGACCUCGUAAAGAGGUUCGCCAAGCCAUUGAAGACUGCAGAGCAGCUGGAAUUCAAGUUAUGGUAAUAACAGGAGAUAACAAGAAUACAGCAGAAGCAAUUUGUCGUGAGAUAGGUGUAUUUGGACCAGGCGAGGACAUCAGUUCAAAAAGCAUAACAGGAAAAGAAUUCAUGGAACUUCAUGAUCCAAAAGGUCACUUAGCACAGAAAGGAGGACUCCUUUUCUCUAGGGCAGAACCACGUCACAAACAAGAAAUAGUGAGAUUGCUCAAAGAUAUGGGGGAAGUGGUUGCAAUGACUGGGGAUGGUGUGAAUGACGCACCUGCUUUGAAAUUGGCUGAUAUAGGAAUAGCAAUGGGCAUUGCCGGGACCGAGGUUGCGAAGGAAGCUUCGGAUAUGGUCUUAGCAGAUGAUAAUUUUAGCACAAUUGUGGCUGCGGUUGGAGAAGGGAGGUCUAUUUACAACAACAUGAAGGCCUUUAUCCGGUAUAUGAUCUCUUCAAAUAUUGGCGAGGUUGCAUGCAUAUUUCUUACUGCUGCUAUAGGGAUUCCAGAAGGUCUUAUUCCUGUUCAGCUUCUAUGGGUCAAUCUCGUCACAGAUGGACCACCUGCAACGGCCUUGGGUUUCAAUCCACCCGACAAGUACAUCAUGAAAAGGGCCCCUCGCAGGAGCGAUGAUUCCCUGAUUAAUGCUUGGAUUUUAGUUCGCUAUCUGGUGAUCGGAUUCUAUGUUGGAAUUGCAACGGUGGGAAUUUUCAUCAUAUGGUUCACUCGGGAUUCUUUCUGUGGUAUUGACCUCAGCCAAGAUGGCCACAGUCUUGUUUCCUACUCCCAGCUUUCAAACUGGGAUCAAUGCUAUUCUUGGCAGAAUUUUACGGUUUCGCCCUUCACAGCCGGAGAACGGGUCUUUAAAUUCGAUUCUGACCCUUGCGACUACUUCCGAAGCGGGAAAAUUAAAGCCAUGACACUCUCCCUCUCCGUACUGGUCGCGAUCGAGAUGUUCAAUUCUCUAAAUGCCCUUUCGGAAAAUGAAAGCCUGCUGACUAUGCCACCUUGGGUCAAUCCAUGGCUACUUCUGGCAAUGUCGGUAUCGUUUGGGCUUCAUUUCUUAAUCUUAUACAUUCCAUUUCUUGCACAAGUUUUCGGGAUCGUUCCUCUAAGCGUGAACGAAUGGCUGCUCGUCUUGGCCGUAGCUUUUCCUGUAAUCUUGAUUGAUGAGAUCCUCAAGCUUAUAGGCAGAUGGAACGAUGGGGCUCAAGAAAUCUCAAAGUCUUCUAAGCAUAAGGCAGAAUAA